AUGAAACUUGAACACAUUUUCCUUGUUUUUUUCAUCAUUUCGUCAAUCAUCAUCGAGGGAGAAUCAUUUAUCUUGAAGAAGAUGAUUGAGAAACCUGAGAUUCAUCAAAAAGUCAGUCUGCGCAAUAAAUAUAAUCUCCAUACUAUCGGAUCUGAUCUUCAAUUCACCGUUGUGAAACGACUUGAUUAUGAGAAAUCUACUUCCGCUAAGAAGAAAUCACGAUCCAGAAAGUAUCGUUUUGUACCCUCUUUGCUCGCUUCCAACGUCAUGUUCUUGAUGGUUUUCGAUGUGUGCAUUUUCAUUCGUCUCAUGGAGCAAAUAUAA